GCUAAGUUUUUUUUUUUUUUUUUUAUUGGAGGGGUGAAGGGUGGCAAAGCAUUUGACCAAGACUUGUGCCAGGAUUGCAGAUCAAAAGACAAGAUGUUUAGAAAAGGGUGCAGAGGCCAGAGAAAAAGACAGUAGGAUGGGCUUCUGGAGGCAGGUUCUGGGCGGGUUGUCAGGGUCAGGGAUGGGUAAUUGGUGCUGAAUGAGGGACUCUUCUUGGCUCAGCUCUCCUUCAGCAGCACCGGGAAGCAGGGUCCCACAGAGCUGGGGAAGACCCCGGCCCCCUCCCUCCACCACACACACACACACAUCAUCUAGAACAGAUGCUGUUCGUGAAGGGCCCCUUGUGCACCAGCCCCUUCGUGUGGUCACUAAUCCUCACAUCAGCCUUGUGAGGCAGGUAUAAAGAAACCCUUCCAACAGAUGUGGAAACUGAGGCUCCAGGGGUGAAACAAUUUGUUAAGGCCACAUAGACACAAGAUGGCCCAAACAUUCUCUGGGGAGCAAGACAGGCCCUGACACUACCCUCAAGGAGCACGCUGGCAAAAAAGACUUUAAGUGAGCAUUUACUUCACAGAGUGAUGCUGAGUGGGGGAUCCUGUGAGAACACAGCCCUGGCAGUCAGGGAGGGCUUCCUGGAGGAAGAGGCAUAUAGGUGCAGCCUGAAGGAUGAGAGCUUGCCGGGUGAUGCAUGAGGCCCACGCUUCCGUCCUCUCUCUGCAGCCUUCCUGUCCGCUGGCUUCGGCAUACUUGCACCCUCAGAGACCUACCCACUACCCACAACCAGCUCUGGCUGGGAGCCCUGGCUGGGGUCGCCAUUCCCAUCAGGCCCUUGCACCAGCUCUACUGGGGCCCAAGCUGUGGCCGAGUCCAAUGGGCAGGGCCCCAAGAACCCACGUGUGUCCAGUGUGACGGUUCAGUUGGAGAUGAAGCCUCUGUGGGAGGAAUUCAACCAGCUGGGAACUGAGAUGAUCGUUACCAAGGCAGGCAGGUGUGAGCAGCAGGGGCGGGGCGGGGCAGGGGCCAGGGCUGGAGCCGUAUCCGGCUGCUGAGCACCUCCCUCCUGCAGAAGGAUGUUUCCCCCCUUCCAGGUGAAGAUCCUGGGUAUGGACUCCCUGGCUGACUACGCCCUGCUCAUGGACUUCAUCCCCCUGGACGACAAGAGAUACAGGUGCGGGGACCGGCCUGGGGCGCAGGCUCGGGUCUCAGGUGCUAAGACCAGGAAUUAGACCCUUCCUGCACUCCCAGGUGAGGCAGGGGCCUGUCCAAGCAAUGUCAGGAAGGCCCAGCAUAAGGGCAGGAACACAGACAGGCAACAACAGCCUGAGGGCAGGAGGGAGCCCAGCUCAGGGUACCCAGCAGACUUCCAUGGGCAGUAGGCUAGCCUCGGGCAGGCAGCAUUCCUUGGGCAGUGGGCUAGCCUUGGGCAGGCAGAGAGGUCUAGCCCAGGGCAGCAGGGGUUAUCCUGUCAUCCACCAGCCGGGUGCAGCCACAGGGAUCUCAGGUCUCAGCAGGCUUCUCUGAGCCUUGGGUUCCUUAGCCAGGUGUCCACAAGGUGGGCUGGGCAGUGUUGGAGUCAGCAGCAGGCCCUUCACCCCGCCCGUAUUGUUCAGGUAUGACUCUGGUUAGGGCAGCCCUCACCACCUCGCUGUGCUCCCCAGGUAUGCCUUCCACAGCUCGGCCUGGCUGGUGGCGGGCAAGGCAGACCCAGCCACACCCGGCCGCGUGCACUUCCACCCUGACUCACCGGCCAAGGGCGCCCAGUGGAUGCGCCAGAUCGUGUCCUUCGACAAGCUCAAGCUGACCAACAACCUGCUGGAUGACAAUGGCCACGUGAGGCCCGGGCCACGGCGGAGACGGAAGGGCCUGGGGUCAGGGCUGGUGGGGCCCUUGGUGCCCAAUGGCCUUGGUGACCAUCACCUAGGCCUGCUGCUGGCCAAGGCUGGGCGGGGAGUGGGGGUGGCACAGCAGGGAGGGCUGUCCAGGCAGGUGGAAAAGGGGGUGGGGCCGGGGGAAUGUUCCAGCAUACGUUGUCCCCCACAAGGAGAGGGAGGGCAAUGUAUGGAACGCCCAGCCUAGGCCAGGCCGCUAUAUGUGUGGACACAGCAUCAUUGACACUUGGUCAAAGAGCCAACAAUCCCUGCCCUCACAGAGGUCACUUCCUGGGGCAGGGGCAGGGUCCAGAAGACACUGUGUCCAGCAUCUCAGAUAGGGACAAAUGCCAAAGAGAAAGCGGAGCUAUGGAAGGGGCGGAGAAAGGGUGCUGCUGCUCUCAGGGGGUGCAGCGAGCUGAAGACCUGAAGGAGGUGGGGACGGAGGGGCCCAUGCCUGUCAGAGGGGACAGCAGGUGCAAAGGCCCUGAGUCCGGAGAAUCCUGGGCCCGCAGAACUGCAAGAGGCACCCAUGGGGCCGGAGUGGAGCCAGGAGGGGAAGCCAAAGAGAUCAUUCUCAACUCCAUGCACCGCUACCAGCCCCGUUUCCACGUGGUCUUCGUGGACCCACGCAAGGACAGUGAGCGCUACGCCCAGGAGAACUUCAAAUCCUUCAUCUUCACGGAGACCCAGUUCACAGCCGUGACGGCCUAUCAGAACCACAGGAUCACCCAGCUGAAAAUCGCCAGCAACCCUUUUGCCAAGGGCUUUAGAGAGAGUGACCCGGACUCCUGGCCUGUGGCCCCACAGCCCCUGCUCAGUGUCCCAGCCCGGAGUCACAGCAGCCUCAGUCCCUGUUUGCUGAAGGGCGCCACAGAGAGGAAGAAAGACCCCAACAAAGCUUCAGCUUCCACCUCCAGGACCCCUGCUCGGCUCCAUCAUCAGCUGCUGCCCCCAUCUGAGGCCCUGCUGGCCCCAGCCACCUACAGGCCUGUCACCUAUCAGAGCCUGUACUCUGGAGCCUCAAACCACCUAGGGAUCCCAAGGACCCGACCGGCACCAUACCCCCUCCCCAACAUCCGGGCUGAUAGUGAUCAAGGAGGCCUGCCUCUCCCAGCUGGGCUGGGGCUCCUGUCCCCCACUGUGGUGUGCCUGGGGCCUGGCCAGGACUCCCAGUGAUGGCAGAAGCCCUGUGGGGAAGUCCUGCUACCCUGGACCUUACACCCAGCGUGGGAAUCAGCCUCUGCCCCACCCCGUCCAGCCCCACCUCUGUCUCAAGGACAGCAGAGUAGGUGAAAGUCUACAGAAAGAGACUACCUGCCCAGGGUCACAGCAAGGCUGAGACCAUGGCAAGCUUGGAACCAGGCCUUCUACCUCCCAACCCCAGCAGCCUGAAUACUGUGCCCUCUUGCUUUGGGGGUAACUCCCAAAAACCCUGCCUUACCUCUCUCUUCCCCCUAACAUUAAACUAUUUGGCACGA